ACUGUAUAAAUAGUUUACCGGAAAGCAGAAUCAAACACACCAAUGAUAACAAUGGAUGCUCACCGCUUCCUGUUGCCUCUUGUCCUCCUCCAGUUUCUCUUCUUCACACUUCCGCUCACCGGAAACUCAAAGCUCUUCAGAGAGUACAUCGGAGCGGAGGAGAGAGGGGUCACCUUCUCCAACGUGCCGAUUCAUCCCGGUGUCAAUUUUCACUUCAUCCUCUCCUUCGCAAUAGACUACGACACCUCUGCCUCCCCUACAAAUGGUGAUUUCCGUGUUUACUGGGACACAAAGAAUCUCAACGCUUCCACCGUGUCCUCCAUCAAGGCCCGACACGCAAACGUGAAGGUGGCAAUGAGCCUUGGCGGGGACACAACUGGAAGCAAGCACGUCAAAUUCACCAUUAAAACGAUCAAUUCUUGGGUCGGAAAUGCCAUCAACUCAAUCACUAGAAUAGCCAAGGAGUACUAUCUAGAUGGUAUUGACAUCGACUAUGAACACUUCAGCACAGAUCCCAACACAUUUGCCGAGUGCAUUGGUCGCCUCCUUCUCCAUCUAAAGCAGAACAAGAUAAUUUCUUUUGCAUCCAUAGCUCCUUACGAACAUGACUCUGUUCAACCCUAUUAUUUAGCUCUGUGGAAGAAAUACAGCCAUCUUAUCGACUACGUGAACUUCCAGUUCUACGCCUAUGGCAAGGGCAUAACUGUCCCCCAGUUUAUGAAAUUCUUUGAAACACAGAUCUCUAAUUACCGGGGAGGGAAGGUGUUGGUAAGCCUUGGCACCGAUGGAAGUGGAGGUUUGUCUCCUCAAGCCGGGUUCUUCGAGGCUUGUAAAAAGCUCAAAGGUCUUGGGAAGCUUCACGGAAUUUUCAUAUGGUCUGCAGAUGACUCAAAGAAGAAGGGUUUUCCCUACGAAAAGCAAUCACAGAACAUCCUGGCAAGCGGAAAGUGACAGUUGAAAUGUAACUUUGAUGCUGUAGUUUCCUUUUCUUCAUUGCCUUUGUUGUUCCUUCUGUGUUCUUGGACUGCAAAGUACAUGAUGAUGAUGAUGUUGAUGCUA